AUGGUAACGGAGGGUGGGGAUAUCGUGUGGCAACCAGGCCCGAAUAAGACAGCCGUGGUCUCCAACGCCAAGGGGAAGCAGCUUCUGCACCUCCCCUGGGACAACGAGGAGCUUCCUCCUCUUCCCCGGACGGCGGAAGCAGGCGCAGUGAAAGCAGCUGCGAUAGCGCUGGCUCCGGAGUUUCAAGAGGCGGAGCUCGCAAGCGGGAAUACAUCAGCGAAGGGAGCGGACGGGGAGAAGGCCGAGGCGGAUGCAGGCAAUGAGCCGGCGGGGAAGGCGGUUGUAGCUCCUGUCGCGCAGGCGAAGAUGGGGAGCGGCGAGCAGGCGGAGGAGAAGGCCGCGAAGGAGGCUAGGGAGGAGGCAGUCUUUUCGGAGGAGACGAGUGCUAAGGCUUCCCCUCCGGAACCAGAUGCAAAAGAGGGCACCAAGCAGGCGGGGCAAGCCUCGAAGACGGGCCAACCCUCUAAGAAGAAGCCUGCGUCGCCAACAGCUCGAGUGCUGCAGGCAGAUGCGGCGUGGGGGCAGCGCGUGUGGGGGUCGCUAAUUUCCUCAUGGGGACGCCAAUCGCUGAUGGAUGAAGAGACGGACCGGAAUUAG